AGCAAAACAACCUGCCGUAACGGUCCAGGUCCCGGAAGUACGCUGAUACAUUCAGGAGAAUCACGAGUAGACAAAACAGAUCUGCUGAUUGACUCGUUUACCUAAGACUGCAGUAUCAGUAUCACUAUGUUUCCUCAUUAACAGCUAAUAAAAUAUAUUUCUACUUAAUGACAGCAACUACGGAAGCUCCAACAGUUCAUUACAACGGAUUGAAUCUGCCUUCCUCUGUCUAGACGUCCACAGACAGGAUGAUCUACAUAAUAAUGGGAGUCUCGGGUUGUGGAAAAAGUUCACUGGGGUUGAUCCUAUCUGAAAAGUUGGGCUGGCCUCUGCAUGAAGGGGAUAACUUCCACCCUCGGGAGAACGUGGAGAAGAUGGUUCGUGGUGAACCACUCACAGAUGAGGACAGGUUGCCUUGGCUUCUUAUACUUCACGAAAUCAUCCAGAGAGAACGGAGUUCAGGCUCUCACGCUCUCGUGGUGUGCUCUGCCCUGAAGCGCCACUACCGGCAAAUCCUCCUUCACGGCUCCAGAGCUCUCUCUUCCUCGUCCUGCCCAGGCCAAGAUAUCUUGCCUCCCGCUUCUCCCGAUAUCUUUUUCCUCUUCCUAUAUGGCGACUAUGACCUCAUUCACGAGAGGAUGGUUGCUCGGAGGGGACAUUACAUGAAAGCGGACCUGCUGCGUUCGCAGUUCGAUGCGUUAGAGCCCCCGAUGGACGAGGAGAACGUGCUGCCGCUGGACAUCAGGAGGAGCAUCGCCGACAUGGUCACGGAGGUUGAGAAGCACGUCCUCAGCCUCAAGUUGCCACCGGUGAUGAAGUGACACAGAUGAAGCCGCCCCUCACCGUGAACUGUUGAGUGUGUUUAGUCAUGCUGGUGGCUAAAUUGUCCAAACUGAAAUAGCUCAGCAGCUUCUGACUGGAUUGCUUUGGCCUUUUCUUCUUGUUGCCCAGAGUUGACCCUGACUUUUCCUUCAUGCCUCCAAGAGCUUGACAUCUGUGAUCCAGUGUGAUGUGUCUUAACAACACAUGGAGGGAUUGGAUUGUCCCUUCUUUCUGAAGUGUCUUAAAACAUUACACGGACAAUCAUUGCUCACCUACUGUGUAUAUAUAUAUAUAUUUUUAUGACAGUGUAAUUUCAUCAGAUUAACCUUGUGUGUUUCUACUCAGAUAUACUGAAAAUGAUUGAAUGGAUUGCUGUGGAUUUCCAGGGACUCCAGAGAGUUAGUUAUAGUGAUUGUCAUAAUGCCCUUUACUUUUCAUUUGGUGCCAUUUUCAGAGUGAUUUAUAAUCAGAUGCCUGCAGUCUACUGACUUUGAACUACUCGUACCUUUAGUUUAAGCAAUUAUUAACAUUAUCAGCAUGUGAUAAACCAAACUAAGAUGAGGGUCCAGACCAGGGUGACAGUGUUGUAGUUGUUAGCAUGUUUUGCUCAACGCACUAGUGUCUGUAUCUAGUAUCUAUCCAGUUUGUAUUCACGGAGAUUUAAGUCAUUGCUUAUGUUCUGGUGCAAAACCACAGAGAAGCUUGUGGAGUAGUGGGAGUUGUGGUUUGAUGCACUCAUCAGUGCUUCAGUAGGAAACGAAAUACAGGAUAUCAGUGAUCCUGUAUCCUUCGGGUCUAACAGCCAGUUAGUUGAAAGAGCGGUUGAAACUGCAGUAGGUGCGGAUAAAAAAAAAAAGAAGAAAAAAACAAAAAAACUUAUGAAAUGGACUGUGGUUGAAGCAGUUUGUAAGUAGAAAAUCAUCACAAUCUUUCUGAUCAUCAAGCCUUGAUCUUUAAUACUUGAAAUCAACA